CUUCCAUUUCCAGCUGGUGUCGACAAUAAGAAAAUUUUGUCAAGAGAGGAAAGUUGUAUGCUCUCUUCUAUAAAUUGCUGCUCAUGAACACCCAGCCAAUCACAAUUCCACAACAUUCCUCCUCAGUUUCCUUGCUGAUAGGAUAUAGUCCUUGAGAGCAUUCUCCACCUUCUUUCCCAGUCUGGUUUUCUCUCACCAUGGCCUCCAAGCUCAGCUUCAAGAGAAUGGACAGCAUCGCAGAAAGCAUGCCCGAUGCACUAAGACAAAGCCGGUACCAGAUGAAGAGAUGCUUCCAAAGGUAUGUAUCCAAGGGAAGGAGGCUCUUGAAGAACCAGCAGCUCAUAGAGGAGCUGGAGAAAUCACUGGAUGACAAAGUCGAGAAGGAAAAGCUUGUUGAAGGCUUUCUUGGUUACAUUAUUUGUUCGACGCAGGAAGCCGUGGUGCUACCACCAUACGUGGCAUUUGCUGUCAGAAUGAAUCCUGGCAUCUGGGAGUAUGUAAAAGUUCAUUCCGAUGAUCUGUCAGUCGAGGGAAUUACACCUUCCGAGUACCUGAAGUUCAAGGAGACCUUAUAUGACGAGAAAUGGGCCAAGGAUGAUAACUCACUGGAAGUUGAUUUCGGGGCUCUUGACCUCUCGACGCCUCAUCUGACGCUGCCCUCAUCCAUAGGAAACGGGCUCCAGUAUGCCUCCAAAUUCUUGUCCUCAAAGCUGAGCGGCAAGCCUGAAAGCAUGAAACCAUUGCUGGACUAUUUACUCACGCUAAAUUACAGUGGUGAGAAGCUGAUGAUUAACGAUAGCAUCGACACGGUGAACAAGCUUCAGACAGCACUGCUCCUUGCAGAGGUUUUUGUUAGCGGGCUACCAAAAUACACACAAUUCUUGAAGUUUGAGCAAAGAUUUCAGGAGUGGGGAUUGGAGAAAGGAUGGGGUGACACUGCUGAAAGGUGCAAAGAGACGCUGAAUUGCCUCUCUGAAGUGCUCCAAGCCCCAGAUCCUAUCAACAUGGAGAAGUUCUUCAGCAGAGUUCCAUCCAUAUUCAACAUCGUCGUCUUCUCUAUUCACGGUUACUUUGGCCAAGAAAAGGUUCUUGGCUUGCCAGAUACCGGUGGGCAGGUUGUCUACAUCCUGGACCAAGUCAGGGCCCUUGAAGAGGAAUUGCUGCAAAGAAUCAAGCAGCAGGGUUUGCAUGUUACACCAAAGAUUCUUGUGCUAACAAGACUGAUACCAGAUGCCAAGGGUACAAAAUGCAAUGUUGAGCUCGAACCAGUUGAAAACACAAAACAUUGUAACAUACUUCGCGUGCCAUUUAAGACUGAAGAUGGGAAGGAUUUGCGCCAGUGGGUGUCCCGGUUUGACAUCUACCCUUACCUAGAGAGAUAUGCCCAGGAUGCUUCCGCGAAAGUCCUUGACAUUUUGGAGGGAAAACCAGACCUGAUCAUUGGCAACUACACCGAUGGCAACUUGGUGGCAUCCCUCAUGUCAAGCAAACUAGGAGUCACUCAGGGGACAAUUGCACAUGCUCUCGAGAAGACGAAGUAUGAGGAUUCAGAUGUCAAGUGGAGAGAGCUGGACCAGAAAUACCACUUCUCCUGUCAAUUCACUGCUGACAUGAUUGCCAUGAACACUACUGACUUUAUCAUCACUAGCACAUACCAAGAGAUUGCUGGAAGCAAAGAGAAGCCUGGCCAAUAUGAGCACCACUACGCAUUCACAAUGCCGGGGCUUUGUCGCUACGCUACAGGCAUCAAUGUCUUUGAUCCUAAGUUCAACAUCGCUGCACCCGGUGCAGACCAGUCCAUCUACUUCCCCUUCACACAGAAGCAGAAGAGGCUGACAGGCUUACAGCCACAGAUUGAAGAACUGCUCUACAGCAAGCAGGACACUGAUGAACACAUAGGGUAUCUGGCAGACAGAAACAAGCCAAUCAUCUUCUCAAUGGCAAGGCUGGACAAGGUGAAGAACAUCACCGGACUAGUGGAGUGGUAUGGCCAGAACAAGAAGUUGAGGGACCUGGUGAACCUUGUCGUCGUCGCAGGCCUGCUGAAUGCUUCGCAGUCCAAGGACCGAGAAGAGAUAGAAGAAAUCAACAAGAUGCACAACUUGAUCGACAAGUAUCAGCUGAAAGGACAGAUCCGCUGGAUCAAAGCACAGACUGACCGUGUCCGCAAUGGUGAGCUGUACCGUUGCAUUGCUGAUACAAAGGGUGCAUUUGUUCAGCCUGCACUCUACGAAGCAUUUGGGCUGACUGUCAUUGAGGCGAUGAACUGCGGAUUGCCAACCUUCGCAACAAAUAAGGGAGGACCAGCAGAGAUCAUUGUCGAUGGUGUCUCCGGUUUCCACAUAAACCCAAUGAACGGCAGUGAGGCAGGCACCAAGAUUGCAGACUUCUUCCAAAAGUGCAAGGAAGACCCAAGCUACUGGAACAAGGUGUCCACUGCUGGGCUCCAACGCAUCUACGAAUGCUACACAUGGAAGAUUUAUGCAGCCAAGGUAAUGAACAUGGGCUCAAUAUAUGGCUUCUGGAGGACUCUGAACAAGGAAGAGAGAGUAGCCAAACAGCGCUACCUGCAGAUGUUUUACAAUCUUCAGUUCAGAAAUCUGGCAAAGACGGUACCAAGAGUAGGUGAACAUGUUCCCAUUGCUCCGCAAACCGCAACAAGCGCGGGGCCUAGUGCAAUCUCAGUUAGACCGAAAGAAAGAAAGCCACAGACUCGGAUUCAAAGGGUCAUGACCAGCUUGUUCGGGCAGAAGCCUUCAACCUCUGAUUAAAACAGCUUGAGCCGGAGAAGGCAACAUGCUCGCAGCUGAAUUUAUUCCAUUGAUACUUGAAACCGGAGUGUAAGGUAAAGUGAUUGGAGUGAGAAUUUGUAUACAUGUGUGAUUUGUACUGUGUUCAUUGUCGAUCGGAGAGAUCGAUGUAAAAAGGAUCAAAGCUGUACAUGGUUACAAUUGAUUGAUAAUAAUACAAGGAUUGAAGAA